AUGUCUCCAAUAUGCCUCGCCUCCCGUGCGGAGCGGAUCUACAACCGCACCUUGAAAGAGAAGCGUCCAAUCAAUUUCACCGCCGAGAAUGUGCACUUACUUAUCCAACACUUCCGUAAUAUCCAUGGCACCAAGGACGAUAAUCCUGGACUGCGCAAUGCUCUGGCAAUCAUAGCGAUCAAUCGGAAGCACCCAGAUAUGGUCCAGAAGAUGUACAGCGACAUCGGUGCCGGAAGCCCCAAGGGCUACGCCUCUCUCUGGUCUGACAAAGAGCACAUCGAUGAGGUUGAACUUGAAAUUUCAGAGGAACUGGAAAUUGAAGAUGCCAACGGAGUGCAAGGCCCUCCUUGGAUCUUGCCCGCCGACCCUUCAUCACGGGGCGAUUCUGAAGUGGAAGUCAUCGAUAUGACCGGUGGCUGUUGA